UCCUAGCUCCCCGUAGUCACCUCUACUUCAUUCAUCAACGUAUAAUCCUAUAUUCUCCCCACCCUCUCCGACAUCUCUCUUCUCCCCACUCCUCACUCCCUGCUCUCCUCCCCUCCUCUCCAUCUAUUCUCAUAAUGGCCGACGUCAAGGACCCAAAAAUCCAGGAGGCUUACGAGGCUGUUCGCUCCGACAAGGACGACACCACCUGGCUCCUGCUCAACUACGAGUCGGACCGGUCUGACAAGCUCAUCCUUUCCGAGACGGGUACGGGUGACAUUGCCGAGUUUGCAUCCAAGCUUGACCCCGCAAACGCGUCGUUUGGCUUCGUUCGCGUCAAGUACUCGAACGACGACCACUCCUUCCGCGAGAAGUUUGCCCUCGUCAUUUGGAUUGGCGAGAACGUUCGGGUCAUGCGUAGGGCGAAGGUGUCCGUCCACACUGGCUCGGUCAAGGACGUGAUUCGCAGCUACGCCGUUGAGAUCUCUGCCUCAUCUUCGGCCGACCUGCAGUACGACGACGUCGUACAGCUCAUGCGUCGUGCUGGCGGUGCCAACUAUGACCGGAGCAAGUUUGACUAGACACUACUGGGUCGUAGAUAGAGCUGCACGACUCUGCGGAGCUGCGGUGUGAUAUGUCAUCUCGGCGGGAAACUAGGGGCGGAAGGGGUUAGUGCUCGGCGUGAAGGCGCAGACGGCCGAUCGAGAGCGGAGGUGGCGCGGGCUUUGCGGACUUUGCAGGUCUCUGCUGGUUUGGGCUUAAUCAGGAGUACGGAGCAGCUGCCCUAAGCCGCGC